AUGAAUGGCUUUUUACAAUCAAGUUCAAAGCGAUGGUGGCCCACACCUUCAAUCCCAGCACUGGGGAGUCUGAGGCCAGCCUUGUCUACAGGUUCCAGGGCAGCCAGGGCUACACGGAGAAACCUUGUCUUGGAAAAAAAAAGUCAGAAGAAACUGAGAGCAUUCUGGGUAGAAGGAAAAGAACAGCUGCUACGAACUACCAAUUUGUACAGUUCUGAGGACAGAAAGAAUAACUUGUGCUUCUCAACAUCCCACAUGGAGAGAAGCAAGUUUAUGAACUGCCUGGAAGGUGGAAACCACACAGAGAACAAGCCGGACUGUCUGUGGCUCCUGAAGACACCACCGAGCCUGGAACUGCUUCCUAGGGGAGAUUCUGAAGUAACGACAGUGGAUCUAUAUGUUUUGUGUAUUGCUGUAAACAUCAAGCCCCUUCCAGUCACACCACGUACCUAGGGAACAACGGGUAGAGAGGACAUAAAUCACCCUUUACUUUUGACAGAAAGUCCCUCUGCAAAUGCUGAUCCGUGCUGCUCAGUAUUGAAUCCCAGGUCCCCGAUUGGCAAGUUCUCUGGCAUAAUCUCAAGAACAGCUGGGCUGAGAUUGCACUGCCAAUCAUUGGAUGCCCGUGUUCACCGCACAGCAGCAUUUAAUCAGGAGGCAUGCCACAAACUACGAGCUGGAAGGGGAGAGGCAAGGGAGGGUGGGGGGACGGACUCAGCUUUCACUCUUGCUACAUCACACCGAAGAGACUUGUACAGAUGACAUCCUUCCGUCCUUCCAGACAGGCAGCAAGACGCUAACCAUGGCCAAGAUGGAGCUCCAGAAGGGUUCCCCUGUCCAGCGGACCUUCGUUUCUGCCAUCCUCAGCAUGCUAUCACUCAGCCUCUCCGCAGCAUCCCUGCUCAGCAACGAGUGGUUUGUGGGCACACAGAAGGUGCCCAAGCCCCUGUGCGGGCAAGGUCUGGCAGCCAAAUGCUUUGCCAUGCCGAUGUCCUUGGAUGGGGGCGUCCCCAACACAUCAGCCCAGGAGGUGGUACAAUACACCUGGGAGACUGGGGAUGACCGGUUCUCCUUCCUUAUCUUCCGCAGUGGCAUGUGGCUAUCCUGUGAGGAAACCGUGGAAGAACCAGGGGAGAAAUGCCGAUCUUUCAUUGAACUCACACCACCAGCCCAGAGAGGUGAGAAAGGACUACUGGAAUUUGCCACGUUGCAAGGCUCAUAUCACUCCGCUCUCCGAUUUGGAGGGGAGUGGUUGAUGGAGAAGGCUUCCCUCCUCCACCUCCCCUUGAGGCCUGUGGCAAAGGUCCUCUGGUUAUCGCUGGGUGCCCAAAUUGCCUACAUCGGACUUCAAUUCAUCAGCUUCCUCCUGCUACUGACAGAUCUGCUGCUCACCAGUAACCCUGGCUGUGGGCUCAAGCUGAGCGCCUAUGCGGCCAUCUUCUUGGUCCUGUCAGGCCUUCUGGGGAUGGUGGCCCAUAUGAUGUAUUCACAAGUCUUCCAGGCAACUGCCAACUUAGGUCCAGAGGACUGGAGACCACAUUCUUGGAAUUAUGGUUGGGCUUUCUACACGGCCUGGGUUUCCUUCACCUGCUGCAUGGCAUCGGCUGUCACCACCUUCAACACAUACACCAGGAUGGUGCUGGAGUUCCAGUGCAGGCACAGGAAGAGCUUCGACCCCAACCCCAGCUGCCUCGCACAGCACCACCGCUGUUUCCUUCCCCAGACACCAUGCGCAGCCCACUCAGGGGACCCUUUGACCAGCUGCCAGCAGUACCCCGACCAUCCCAUCCGCUCCGUCUCCGAAGGUAUCGACCUCUACUCAGCGCUACAAGACAAGGAAUUUCAACAAGGGACCAGCCAGGAGCUAGAAGAAGUGGCUGGGUCAUCCACAGAAGAGCAGUGUUAGAAGACAAGUGGGUUUGGGGAGCAGGCUAACCCUACCAUCUGUGUUUGCUUAUUAACGUCCGCUUAAGCAAAAGUGUCUCUUGAGCCUUGUGUUUAGAACAAGAGAACCUUAAGUCAUCUCCAGGACAUUGCUCUGCCCCGUUUCCCUUGACACUGCUUUGCUCUACCCCUGUCCCAUCUCAUGUAUCCAGAAUCCCCGUCUCUUCACUGACUGCUCAAGGCUGGUUCUAGACCAUACGAUGCAGAUAAAAAGGCAAGUUAAACACAGUUCUACCUUUAAGGGUCCGAUGAAGCUAGUCAGCUGUCCAGAAGCUGAAGAAACAGGUGAGCAAACUGAUGGUGGCUUACCUAUGGUGCACUGGGAAUUUUCUGGAUCAUACACAGGAAGACGGAAACACUGCUGAAGACACCUUGCACACUUGCAUACUAGUGUCUUGAGUUCUCAUAAUAGCUAGCAAAGUGCGAUUACACGGGCUGGCUAGGGAGCCGGCUUCUCUUCCAGAGGUCCUGCACUUGACUUCCGGUUCCUAACAUGCAUGGUGGCUAACAACUGUAAAUCCAGCUGCAGGGAAUCUGCCCUCUCCCAGCCUCCACAGACACUGCACACACAUGGGACACACAGACAUACAGGCAAAUAACUCAUAUGCAUAAAAUAAGUUUCAAAACAAUAAGAAUUAUCAAUAAGAAUUGACGAAGCAUAGG